AUGGAGCGCUCCGGUCAAGUCGAGCCAACUCAGCCGGUGAACAGCACAAACGACAGUUUUAUUACAGAUGCAUCCACUGUGGAUGUCAGCGCAGAGAGUCUCGUCUAUCAAAUCAGCCUGGCUGUGAUUCUCUCCAUUAUCACACUCGCCACCACUUUAUCCAACGCGUUCGUCAUCGCAACAAUCUCCCAGUCGAAGAAACUGCAAACUCCUGCGAACUUUCUGAUCGCCUCUCUGGCCAUCACCGACCUGCUGGUGUCCAUUCUGGUGAUGCCCAUCUGCGUCCUGUACACGGUCAUCCACACCUGGACGCUGGGGCAAAUCGUGUGCGACAUCUGGCUCUCCUCGGACAUAACGUGUUGCACCGCGUCCAUCCUCCACCUGUGCGUAAUCGCCUUGGAUAGGUACUGGGCCAUCACGGACGCGGUGGAGUACUCCAAAAAGCGCACGCCGGGGCGCGCAGCCGGGAUGGUGGCCACAGCCUGGGUCAUCGCCAUCUCCAUCUCCCUGCCGCCCCUCUUCUGGAGGCAGGUGAAGGCGGAGGAGCUGACCAGCUGCAGCGUCAACACGGAUCAUAUUUUCUACACCAUCUACUCCACCUUUGGGGCUUUCUACAUUCCCACCUUGCUGCUUAUUGUCCUCUACGGACGGAUUUACGUGGAGGCUCGGAAACGGAUCCUGAAGCAGUCCCCCAAGAAGGUGGGGAAGAGACUCACCUCGGCGCACCUGGUCACCAACUCCCCUGGGUCCGUGGCGUCCACAACCUCUCUGCAAUGCGGGAGGCACGACACUCCUUCCAGCGACACUGGGUCUUCAACAAGCGAGAACCAGGUGAAAGUGACGGUGUCGGACGCGCUUUUGGAGAAAAAGCGCAUUUCAGCAGCCAGAGAGAGAAAAGCGACAAAGACUUUGGGGAUAAUCCUCGGCGCUUACAUCGUUUGCUGGCUGCCGUUUUUCAUUUACACAUUGGUGGUGGCCACAUGUGACACAUGUUUUAAUGCCGAGUUAUUUGACUUUUUCACCUGGUUGGGAUAUCUGAACUCCCUCAUCAACCCGAUCAUAUACACAAUGUCCAAUGAGGACUUCAAGAAAGCUUUCCAUAAACUUGUGCGCUUCAGAUGCUGCAGGUCAUGAACGAAUGUUACUUCAAUCUCCUUUUAG